GUUAAAAUAAAUUGCACGUAUUUUAUGUAAAAGAGAUUAGUGAUAUUAUUUACAAGAAUUGCAAUUCUGAAUAUCUCGUGAAAAUAAAUUACAAUGGCUGAUGCGGCUGCUCGUCAGCUGCAAUAUGAAUAUAAGGCUAACUCAAAUCUUGUACUUCAAGCUGAUGUAAGGCUUAUAGAGCGCCGUGGUCGGGACGAAGCAACAGGAGAAGUUCUCUCACUGUCGGGAAAACUCACCGGUACGCGGAUGGGCGAUCGGGCCCAAAGAACUAAACCCGACAAAGCUGAAGAAAGAAAAGCUAAACGGCAGAAACGUGAUGAAGCAACAUAUGAGUUGUCAAAGUCAAAAUCGGCCCGUGUGGCCUGGGCUGACGACACACCGGCUGGGGUGCUGUAUCGCCCAAGGGCUCAGCACACUCGGCAAGCAUACGAGUUGCUUCUAGCAUUUAUGCAGAGUGCACUCGGUGAUCAGCCCAGAGACAUAUUGUGUGGGGCUUGUGACGAGGUUCUUGUUGUUCUCAAAAAUGACAAGCUGAAAGAUCCAGAGAGGAAAAAAGAAAUAGAAGCACUUCUUGGAUCCAUACCUGAUGAAAGAUUUGCACUUCUAGUCAAUUUAGGGAAAAAAAUCACAGAUUUUAAUGUGAACACGAGUACAGAGGGAAACACAGAAAUAGACGAAACAUAUGGCAUCAAUGUACAGUUUGAAGAAUCUUCAGAGGAAGAUGAUGAAGAUGCUUUUGGAGAGGUACGCGAGGAGGACAAAGAAGAAGGCGAGGGAUCUGAAAACGAGAAGGAAAAGGAGAGUAGUGCAGAAGAGGACAGCGAUGGGGAGGGGAAGAAAAACGCCAUUCAUGCCAAUCUGUCAGAGGAGAGUCGUCGCAAGCGCGGCGGGGUCCACCCGCUGGACAUCGACGCGUACUGGCUGCAGCGGCGACUGUCGCGCCACUUCGCGGACGCGGUGGCGUCGCAGGCGGCGUCGCGCGACGUGCUCGCCGCACUCGCCGCGGCGCCCGACGCCAGGGACCUCGAGAACAGGCUCGUGCUGCUGCUGGGAUACGACUGCUUCGAUCUCGUCAAGACGCUCACCAAGUUUAGGCACACAGUGUUGUACUGCACGCGGCUCGCGCAGUCGCAAUCAGAGUCUGAGCGCGCGGCGAUACGGGAGGAGAUGGCGCAGCAGCCACAUUUACAGAAGAUCCUGGCCCAGCUCGACACCGGCAAGGGGGAGGAGGAGACGGAGCAAUCAGAGCAGCCUCGCAAGCGUCUCAAGGCGGGCGGCAGCGAGACGGGGGCGGGCCAGGUGGGCGGGGCGCGGCGCGUCCUCCAGCUAGACGACCUCGUGUUCGCCGCCGGAGCGCACUUCAUGGCCAACAAGCGCUGCCAGCUGCCGCCUGGCUCCUUCCGCAAACAGAGGAAAGGCUACGAGGAGGUGCAUGUGCCCGCUCUCAAGCCGAAGCCAUUUGAUGAGGGUGAGACGCUGGUGGCCGUAGAGAAACUUCCAAAGUAUGUGCAGCCGGCGUUUGAAGGGUUCAAGACGUUGAAUAGAAUACAGAGUCGCAUAUCCAGUGCAGCGUUGGAAUCCGACGAGAACCUGCUAGUGUGCGCGCCGACGGGGGCCGGCAAGACCAACGUGGCGCUGCUAACCAUCCUGCGGGAGGUGGGCAAGCACGUGAACGAGGACGGCACCGUCAACGCGCACGACUUCAAGGUCAUAUACGUCGCGCCCAUGCGCUCGCUCGUGCAGGAGAUGGUGGGCAACUUCAGCAAGCGUCUCGCGGCGUACAACAUGAAGGUGUCGGAGCUGACGGGCGACCACCAGCUCACGCGCGAGCAGAUCGACGCCACGCAGCUCAUCGUCUGCACGCCGGAGAAGUGGGACAUCGUCACCAGGAAAGGUGGGGAGCGGUCAUUCACGAAUCUGGUGCGGCUGGUGAUCAUCGACGAGAUCCACCUGCUGCACGAUGAGCGCGGCCCCGUGCUGGAGGCGCUCGUCGCGCGCACGCUGCGCACCGUCGAGCAGACGCAGGAGGAGGUUCGUCUAGUCGGGCUAUCGGCUACGUUGCCCAACUACACGGACGUCGCUGCCUUCCUGCGCGUCAAGCCGGAGAAGGGACUGUUCUACUUCGAUAACUCCUUCAGGCCCGUGGCACUAGAGCAACAGUACAUCGGUGUGACAGAGAAGAAAGCUCUGAAGAGGUUCCAAGUGAUGAACGACAUUGUAUACGAGAAGGCCAUGGAGCACGCGGGCCGGAAUCAGAUCCUGGUGUUCGUCCACUCGCGGAAGGAGACCGGCAAAACCGCCCGAGCGAUCAGAGACAUGUGCCUCGAGAAGGACACGCUCGGACAGUUCCUACGUGAGGGGUCAGCGAGCGUGGAGGUGCUGCGGACGGAGGCGGAACAGGUGAAGAACCCGGAGCUGCGCGAGCUGCUGCCGUACGGGUUCGCCAUCCACCACGCCGGCAUGAGCCGCGUCGACCGAACGCUCGUCGAGGACCUGUUCGCUGACCGGCAUAUACAGGUGCUAGUGUCGACUGCGACUCUGGCGUGGGGCGUGAACCUGCCUGCCCACACGGUGGUGGUGAAGGGCACGCAGGUGUACCGCCCCGACCGCGGCCGCUGGGCGGAGCUGGGCGCGCUCGACGUGCUGCAGAUGCUGGGUCGAGCGGGACGACCCCAGUACGAUACUAAGGGAGAAGGUAUCCUGAUCACGAACCACUCGGAGCUGCAGUACUACCUGUCGCUGCUGAACCAGCAGCUGCCCAUUGAGUCGCAGCUGGUGAGCAAGCUGCCCGACAUGCUCAAUGCAGAGAUCGUGCUCGGCUCCGUGCAGACGGUGCGCGACGCGGUCACGUGGCUCGGCUACACGUACCUCUACAUCCGGAUGCUGCGUCAGCCGGCGCUGUACGGCAUCUCGCCGGAGAAGCUGCAGGAGGACUCCCUGCUCGAGCUGCACAGGGCCGACCUCGUGCACACUGCCGCCUGCUUGUUGGACAAGGCCGGUCUGAUAAAGUACGAGCGCAAAUCCGGCGUGUUCCAACCGACGGAGCUCGGCCGCAUCGCCUCCCACUUCUACUGCUCGCACGAGACCAUGCACAGCUACAACCAGCUCCUCAAACCCACCCUGGGCGAGAUCGAGCUGUUCCGAGUGUUCUCGCUGUCGGGGGAGUUCAAGCACAUCACCGUCAGAGACGAGGAGAAGUUGGAGCUGCAUAAACUUAUGGAGAGGGUGCCGAUACCGAUCAAGGAGAGCAUAGAGGAGCCGUCGGCGAAGAUCAACGUGCUGCUGCAGGCGUACAUCUCGCAGCUCAAGCUGGAGGGGUUCGCGCUGAUGGCCGACAUGGUGUACGUCACGCAGUCCGCCAGCCGCCUGCUGCGGGCCAUAUUCGAGAUCGUGCUGCAUAGAGGUUGGGCUCAGCUGGUGGACAAAACCCUAGCGCUGUGCAAGAUGGUGGACCGGCGGAUGUGGCAGUCGAUGUCGCCGCUCAGGCAGUUCAGGAAAAUGCCGGAAGAAGUUAUAAAGAAACUUGAGAAGAAGAACUUCCCUUGGGAGAAACUUUACGAACUGGGUCCCAACGAGAUAGGCGAGCUAGUUCGCGCGCCGAAGCUGGGCAAGAUGAUCCACAAAUACGUCCACCAGUUCCCCAAGCUGGAGCUGGCGACCCACAUCCAGCCGGUCACAAGAUCUACCCUGAGGGUCGAGCUGACCAUCACGCCGGACUUCCAGUGGGAUGAUAAGAUCCACGGUCAGUCGGAGGCGUUCUGGAUCCUGGUGGAGGACGUGGACGGCGAGGUGGUGCUGCACCACGAGUACUUCCUGCUGAAGCAGCGCUACUGCCGCGACGAGCACCACGUCAAGCUGUUCGUGCCCGUCUUCGAGCCGCUCCCCCCGCAGUACUUCCUGCGCGUCGUCUCCGACAGAUGGAUAGCGGCGGAGACGGUGCUGCCGGUGUCGUUCCGCCACCUGCUGCUGCCGGAGAAGAACCUGCCGCCGACGGAGCUGCUCGACCUGCAGCCGCUGCCCGUCUCCGCGCUCCGCAACGCCAAGUACGAGGAGCUGUACGCCGACGCCUUCCCCAUGUUCAACCCCAUACAGACGCAGGUGUUCAACGCGGUGUACAACUCUGACGAGAACGUGUUCGUGGGCGCGCCGGGCGGGUCCGGCAAGUCGGUGAUAGCGGAGCUGGCGCUGCUGCGUGCGAUCAGCCAGCCCAACCCGCGCGUCGUGCUCGCACUGCCCAACGACGCGCUCGCCGACCUCGCCUUCGCCGACUGGUACCACAAGUUCGCCAACCGGUUCAACCUCAAGGUGGUGCAGCUAACCGGCGAGACGGCAACGGACCACAAGCUGCUGAACAAGGGGCAGGUGAUCAUCACCACCGCCGAGAAGUGGGACGUGCUGUCCAGGAGAUGGAAGGUGCGAAAGUCGGUGCAGAGCGUGACGCUGUUCAUAGUGGACGCGCUGCAGCUGCUCGGCGGGGAGGAGGGGCCCGUCAUGGAGGUCGUCUGCUCGCGAAUGCGGUACAUCGCAUCGCAGAUCGGUCGUCCCAUUCGUAUCGUGGCGCUGUCGCUGCCGCUGGCGUGCGCGCGCGACGUGUGGCAGUGGCUCGGCUGCAGCGCCAACAGCGCCUUCAACUUCCACCCCUCCGUGCGCCCGCUGCCGCUCGAGCUGCACGUCCAGGGCUUCAACAUAUCGCACGCCGGUUCCCGUCUCGCGGCGAUGACGAAGCCAAUCUACAACAGUGUGGUGCGGCUGGCGGGCGCGCGGCCGUGCGCGGUGUUCGUGCCGUCGCGACGCCACGCGCGUCUGUUAGCGGCGGACUUGCUCGCGCUCGCUGCGGCUCACGGCCGGCCGACGCGGUUCCUACACGCACGGCUUGAGCUCGUCCAGCCCUUCCUGAAGAAGAUACACGAUAAGAUGCUAAAAGAGACAGUAUCGGCGGGCGUGGCGUACUUGCACGAGGGCGUGGAGGCGAACGACCGGCGUCUCGUGCAGCAGCUGCUCGAGUCCGGUGCGGUGCAGCUGUGCGUCGUCGCCGCUGAGCUGGCGUACGCGUUCGCCGCGCGCGUUCACACCGUCAUCGUCGCGGACACGCAUGUGUACAACGGCAAGCUGCACAGCUACGAGCAGUACCCGGUGACGACGGUGCUGCAGAUGCUGGGGCGCGCGGGCCGGCCGGGCGAGGACGAGGCCGCCGCCGCCGUGCUCAUGUGCGCCGCACACCACAAGACAUUCUUCACUAAGCUGCUCAACGACUGCCUGCCGCUAGAGAGCCACCUAGACCAUAGACUACACGACCAUCUGAACGCGGAGAUCGUGACCAAGACCAUAGAGAACAAGCAGGACGCCGUGGACUACCUCACGUGGACGUUCCUCUACCGCCGCCUCACACAGAACCCUAAUUAUUACAACCUCCAGGGUGUCACACACAGGCAUCUGUCGGACCACCUCUCGGAGCUGGUGGAGACGACGCUGUCGGAGCUGGAGCAGUCCAAGUGCAUCGCGGUGGAGGACGACAUGGACGUGCAGCCGCUCAACCUCGGCAUGAUCGCCUCGUACUACUACAUCAACUAUACUACUAUAGAACUGUUCAGCCUGUCCCUGACGUCGAAGACCAAGAUCCGCGGGCUGCUGGAGAUCAUCUCGUCGGCGGCGGAGUACUCCGACCUGUGCAUCCGACAUCGCGAGGAGAACAUCAUCAAGGCGCUGGCGGCCAAGGUGCCGCACAAGCCCGCUGCGCCGGCGGGCGGCGGUACAGUGCGGUACAACGAGCCGCACGUGAAGGCGCACGUGCUGCUGCAGGCGCACCUGUCGCGCACGCAGCUGCCCGCCGAGCUGCACGCCGACACCGCCCUCGUGCUCACCAAGGCGAUCCGGUUGAUCCAGGCGUGCGUGGACGUGGUGUCGUCGUCGGGGUGGCUGGCGCCGGCGGUGGCGGCGAUGGAGCUGGCGCAGAUGGUGACGCAGGCGAUGUGGGCCAAGGACUCCUACCUGCGCCAGCUGCCGCACUGCACGCCCGAGCUGCUGCAGCGCGCAGCCGAAAAGGGUGUGGAGACGGUGUUCGACGUGAUGGAGCUGGAGGACGGCGCGCGCGCCAAGCUGCUGCAAAUGUCGCCGGCGGAGAUGGCCGACGUCGCGAGAUUCUGCAACAGAUAUCCCAACGUCGAGCUCACAUAUGAGGUGAAGAACGAGCGUCGUCUGCGCGCGGGCAAACCCAUCGUGGUGGAGGUGGCGCUGGAGCGCGAGGACGACGUCGUCGGACCCGUCAUCGCGCCGUUCUUCCCGCAGAAACGCGAGGAGGGCUGGUGGGUGGUGAUCGGGUCGCCGAAAUCCAACUCGCUGGUGUCCAUCAAGCGAGUGUCGCUCGGUCGCGCGGCGCGAGUCCGCCUAGACUUCGUCGCGCCGGCGGGCAGGCACGCCUACACGUUGUACUUCAUGUGCGACGCGUACCUCGGCGCGGACCAGGAGUAUAAGUUCACCGUCGACGUCCAGGACCCGGCCACAGACGAUAGCGACUCCGAGUAGACCAUAGACCAUAGAUUAAGUUGAAUAAAUGUUUGUAAAAUA